AUGGAUGGUAAUGGACAUGGAAAAGCACCAGAGGGAGCAGACGAUAAAACGUACCAGCUGCACCUCGAGCGAGCCUUUGCCGACCCCCGAUUCCGUGCGACGCUGGCUCAAAUAUUCGACAAAUAUGACGCGAAAUCCGCCCAGCAAGAUGAGGCUAUUGACCCAACGCUUUGCGGAAUGCCAACAGGAGACAGCAAUUUGAUUGAUCCGGCGAUCGACACACAUCUUGAUAGCUUUGUGCACACCGACCGCAUGCCAUACCAUUUGGAGAUGCAGCAACACGAGUCCAGGGAUGACGGUGCUCAGACGGUCGAAUAUCAACUUGACCAACCGAACGAGAAUGCUGACCCGUAUGCUGCUGCAACUGGCCCCUCUGGAUAUAUGCCCGGUUUUCCUAGUGCCGUGCACCCGGGCUUCAUGCAGACCUGGUAUAGCAACCCGUUUCAAGGUCCAGGUCCUUGUCCCUCGCCAUGGGACGGCUUCUCUGGCCAAUUGCCGGUGCCUCAUGCCCCUCACAUGGCUUCUGGGCCUUGGGUCGCGCCCGAAAACUUUGCAUACAGCUCGGCAACUUGGCCAUCUCAAGUAAUGUCGCCAGACCAAAGUACGCCGUCGAUUUCCCAACCAGUUCCCGCACUACAGCCGACGCCUCCAGCGCAAGAGAAGACUUUUGAUCGACCAGUGACUGGAGAAGAAAAUCAGAAGAUUGGACAAGAGGACGAGAGCACAGACAACUGCCAAUUAGAGCCAGAGAUAUCUUAUGAUGCCUUGGGUCGCAAACGGCGACGGCGGCCUAUGCAGCCGCGCUUCUCCAAAAAUGGCAAACGACUGGGUCGACCGCCCAAACCAGCCGGGGCACCUGGUGUUUCUGCCGAAACAGGUACCUCUGCCGAAACAGGUGCUUACGACGGCGAGGGCGAGGAUAACGGCGGGCUGGCUGACCUGAAGAAUCCUGCGGGUGAAUUUGGCGAUGAAGAUGACGAUACGCUUUGGAGCGAGCUGGCAGAAGCAUUACAGCUAGCGUCCAAGGCAACAUCCAAAAAGAGAACCAGGGAUGCCGCCAAACCGUCUCAAAAGGGAGAGAAUUCCGCGGCCGAGUCAGACGGAGCGGCCGAGACGGAUAAAUGUGCUGGCCAAGCCGAAACCAUGCUGCGAAAGAUACAACAGGAGCUCAUCGACAGAGCCGUUCGUCGCUCUACUAUGGCCAAGGAACAUGAUGACGACACAGAUGGUGGCGCUGAAGGCCGUAGGCGAUCGGGACGUGAGCGAAAACCGGCCAAUUUUGGCGAGCAAGUGUCGUGGGAAAAAGUUUCGGCGGAGCGACGCACCAGCUACAAGAUUAAAAUGCAUUUGCGCGCUUUGUCGGUGCAAGCGCGACGAGAACGAAAAAAGCAGGAAAAGGAGGAGGCCGCAUUGGCAGCAAAGGACAAGGAAGCGGCCGAAAGAGUGGCAAAGGAAAAGCGAGAAGCAGAAGAAGUCGCUGCUGUAAAAGACGCCUCAGACGGGGCAAGCGAGGCAAUGCCGUCUACGAUUCCUGAUUCUCAGGACACAGUAACAAGCCUUCCUAUUCGCACUACGCCGAAAAAGCCACAGUCAACCCAGAUUAUGCGCCAAACCAUCAAGAAUCACGUCAACAGCGUCGUGCACUUUGAAGAAGACGACGAAGGAUUGCCAGACGACCAAGCACCGGCAGCUUUCCCUAUCAAGAACCCUGUGUUUUCCUAUAAGAAGCCGGAAAUGCAGGUGCAUAGCUUUUUGGGAGAAAACUUCAUCGAUACAGUGUAUGCUCUGUCUGACGAUGAAGCACCGGCUCUGCUUGAUUCCUUGAAGCGCGUUUCUUUAGGCGAAAAUAAGAAACCAUCGCUGGUGCCAGUAGACGUCGCUCGACCUAGGGACACAGCUGUCGCGUCAAAACUAUAUCGCUCGACGGCCGCGAAACAGACCGCUGCUGAGGCGGCGGAGCAAAUGCGAAAGGAGUCCACCCAAAGCACUCAAAUCGACACAAAUGCUCUAGAUCCCGGUAUGGGUACAGCAGAAACUACUCGGCUAGAUCCCAUCGAGCACACAAAGCCGAAUGAAGCAAAAACGAGGCCGUCCGUGCCCACCGGCGGAGACGGAGAUGACAGUGGAAUCGAUAUCCGAAGCGAACAAGCUUCUAGCGAGCAAGCGUCCGGCGAGCAAGCAGAAAGACCGUCGGUGAGGGGGGCUUCUAUACCCGCGGCGCCGCUCCCCCAAGACCCCAAUAUACUUGGAGCCGCAGACAUACUGGACAGCCUUGAUGUGAUGUCGGAGGCUGGGGAUGUUCCCUCCAGCCCUAUAAGUGACUAUGGUUUCGCAAAAGAAGACACUCGGAUGGAUGGCAUGACGGCUGCCUCCGUCGAAAGCGCUCCAGGAUCGCCAAGAAUGUCCGAAAAGCCAUUGUUCGCUGAUGAGGAGCCCAUGUAUGAAAGUAUGGAAAUCUUUGAAGACGCUACGGCAGACAUGGCUUUCAUGAGUGGCAGCGCGGAGAUGGAAGAUGAUCGGGCCGUGGAACCGAUGGUGAAGGUUUCUGAUCACAGUGCUAGAAAGGAGAAACUCGUCGGGGACGAGUCCCCCAAACCAGUGUCGCCGAUCAGGAAAUAUGAGUUCACCAAUAUAGUGUUUGUCGCGGAAAAGCCUGACGAGUUUGACAUUGAUGCCGACGAAGACGCUGAGCCAUUUUCAUCCAACGGCAUGGCCGUGUUGCCGCCGCCGCGACACCCGUUGCCGCAGCAAAGCAAACCGAAAGGGAAUGAGAAGCGGAAGCCAACGAGAACGACCGAGGCUUUCAUCAUCAUCAUCAUCAAGAAGCUCUGCAAGGACACCGGCCCCCGUCUCUAA